ACUCGCUCCUCUGCUCUGCGCAUAUAAGCCGGCUCGUAAAAGUUCAAUUAAAACAUACAAAUUCUAACCUGAAAAACAUUUCGGGAGACUUUUUGGGAGUCGCCCACAAGUGUUACCAAGUGCUUUUCACCCAGUGUUUGAGUUGUUCCACGUGAUAAAAGGUGUUAAAGUCUACACGAAAUGACUUAAAUACUAAAAUCUUAACAUGUGUGCCAGUACAUCCCGGUGUCAGUGAGUUUAGUGUCAAUUAGUGCCGAACCGUUGUUAGUGAAACUUUGAAAAUGGAAGCAUUGGAAAGGAGAGGGAAAGUGUUGGCGAUCGCUGCCAUAUUAUUCAUCGUGUUUUGGUCACAAUGCAAAGGCGUGGAAGGGUACAACACAACGAAGAAGGUGUACACUUGCCCGCCGCAGUUCAUCCGGCUCGGGCAUAGCUGCUACUUCUUCAGCGAGACCAAGGCGACGUGGCAGAACGCACUCUUUGCCUGCAAGGAUCGUGAGAGCAACUUAACGGUGCCGGCCCGAUGGGAGGACCGCAACUUAAGAAACUACCUCAAUAAACCAGGCAUUGAGAGAGUUAGUCGUUGGAUCGGCGGGAUCUACGACUACGCCGCGCGCGCAUGGAAGUGGGGCGGCGAGCUGCGCCCCAUGCGGUACCAGUCCUUCUCCAAGAUGAGGAAGCUCAAGCCAGAGGAGCUGCAAUGGAACUGCAUCGCCAUGGAGCCCGAGCUGCUCUACAGGUGGGCACCCGAAAGCUGCUACGAGAGCCGGCAGUACAUCUGCAAAACUAAACUAAAGUACCACCGGCAACGCAACGCAAUCAGCCGCGAACGAAACGACCCGAGGAGCAACGACGUGGUGACCGCCAACCCGUCGCUGAACCCGCUCAAGUCAUACGACCUGCGUCCGAGUGCGCUCCGGGAAAUGCCGAAGCCACGACGUAACAAGCGAGGACCGCUCCGGCCGAGUAGGAAGCUCACCCGACCUUUCCCUGGAUAUCAGUGGAACCGCCGUGACCCUGAGGGCUCAUUCCAACGGAACGCCGAGCUUCUCACUUCUGGCCGCACCGGUCUCAGCCCCCAACAAGUCAACACUCACCUAGCGCGGCUUAAACAUUUACGAGACAAGCAGCUAAGGAAAAAGAGAAUACGUGACCGAGAUGACUGGCUAGUCAACGAACCCAAGCAAAACAUGGCGCACACACACGCGAGGACGUACACUGUGGAUAAUAACAUCAGCGCGUUGCAUCCAAAGACAAUAGUCGAGGAGUUCGAUAUGAUGCCGCCACCAUCACCCAUCGAAGUACGACCAGCACGCCAAAUAAAUUACGAUUAAUUCCAAUUUAAUUUU